UACAUAGAUAGCUAUACAAGAUACAUAGCAAGCAGUAGAGAAACAGGUGAAGUACACUGUGCUGCUACUGAACAUCCUGACAGAGAGACAAAGAACAUGCUGGAAGAUACAUAGCAAGCAGAAGCACCAAACACAAGUGGAAGAGGAGUGAAGGACCAUCAGCACUCAUAAACAGCCUUAUUUUGAUAUAGUGUGGGCUUUGAUCCAGACUAGAUGAAUGCUGUCUUACCCGGGGGCUAUUGCACAAAAGUAGAUUAAAGAUAUCCAGGUUAACUGAAAAGGCGCAGCUUGACUUAGUGUUAUCCGCUCAUCGCGGCUGAAUCGGUUGCACGUUUGCCAAGCCAGGAUGAGAAGGUGCCGCUAUGUCAAUCCAGGUGUACAUAGUUGGGAUAAGUGCACCUUGACAGAUUUCUUAAAUAGACCACGGUAUCGAUCACAAAUUCACUGAUGCAGAAAUGGAGAAGACGCGUGUAGCAUAUUUUUCUCCCGCUGAGCAGCAAUUAUUAAUGACAAUUUAUGAAGAAGUGAAGCAUAUAAUAUGCAAAAAGGGUAAUACAGCAGCCGUUAUUAAACAGCGAGAACAAGCCUGGCAGACAAUCGCUGACCGACUGAAUGCAACAAACAUGACUGGACAAAAGCGAACUUGGCAACAAGUCAAAAUAAAAUACAAAAACAUUUUGCAGUCUGCAGUGAAGAAGAAGACUCAUUUGUCUGGUACUGGGGGAGGGCCACCAGCUCCAGGCUUCACCCCAGCAGAGGAAUUGUCCCUUGUGUUAAAUAAAGGAAGGCCUGUGAUGGAAGGGAUUCAGGGUGGGACAGCUACUGACUGUGUUCCACCUACAGAAACUGCCCUCCUCAUACAUGUGUCCGGCGACACAGUUACACUCCUGCCACCAGACGAAGAUCCAGGGGAAGGAACUUCUGCAGUAUGGGAAGGGGCUUCUUCAGAUGAUGACGAGGAGACUGUGUCCCUGAACUCCAGAAGGCCUGAGGAUCCAGACAGAGUACAGCCUGACAGCCAGCUUGGCAACAUACUCUCCUAAGGACAAGACAAUAAAAUCUGUCAUCUAAAAUAAUUGAUGUAUUGGUCUCUAACUAGCCUGCCAUUGAUGUCAUCUGGG